GCAUGCUGGGAGAGGUUUGACCCACAAUGGCGGACAGUAGAGCCGUGUUUCACUCCCUCACGCUCAGAAUUACACUUUUCUGCAGUUUUUUGCACUUUAGCUGGACUUUAGCGCAAGGAUUACAAUGGGAUGAGAGCGGAUAUGUGCUGUACUGCCCCUGCAUGGGGCGCUUUGGGAACCAGGCCGACCACUUCCUCGGGGCUCUGGCUUUUGCAAAAAUGUUGAACCGAACUUUGGCUGUCCCACCGUGGAUCGUGUACCGCCACCACUCACCCCCCUACACCAACGUGCAUGUGCCGUACAGUGAGUUCUUUCGCCUGGAGGCUCUGUCUGAGUAUCACCGUGUUGUCAGUUUGGAGGCAUUUAUGGAGCAACUGGCCCCAAAGCACUGGCCCCCGGGGCAGAGGAAGGCCUACUGCUACGAGACCGCAGCCCAGAGGAGUCCAGACAAGAAGACCUGUCCCAUGAAGGACGGGAAUCCUUUCGGACCGUUCUGGGAUCACGUGGGGGUGGCGUUUGAUGAGUCAGUUUUGUUUGGAGGCAUUUCCUACAGCUCCUAUCACCAACAGCUGUGGAUGAACAAAUUCCCUCCCUCGUCUCACCCGGUCCUGGCUCUUCCCGGUGCUCCGGCUCCAUUCCCAGUGUCCCAGGAGCACGUGAAGCUGCAGAGGUUUGUGGUGUGGUCUCAGAAGAUGGAGGAGGAGGGAGAGAGGACCAUCCAAAAACAUCUGACCAGGCCUUAUGUGGGAAUACAUCUGAGGAUAGGCUCGGACUGGCAGAAUGCGUGUAAGCUCUUGGACAGUGAGGACGCUGGCCCACACUUCAUGGCGUCUCCACAGUGUGUGGGUUAUGACAAGCAGAGGGCGCUGCCGCUCACCUCCUCCAUGUGUCUGCCUCCUCUGAGCGAGAUCCGCCGCGCAGUCAAACUGUGGGUGAAGAAGAGCGGGGCACGGUCCAUUUACAUCGCCACAGACUCGGAGUCGCACAGCCGUGACAUCGAGAAGACCUUUAAAGGGAAGGUGAAGGUUGUGUCUCUUCAGCCCGACUUGGCUCAGUUGGACCUGUACAUUCUGGGGCGGGCGGAUCAUUUCAUCGGGAAUUGCGUCUCUUCCUUCACAGCGUUCGUAAAGAGACACAGGGACGUGCACGGGCUCCCCUCCUCCUUUUUCGGAAUGGACAAACCUGGAAAAGAUGAGCUCUGAGCAACGGGAAAAUGAUCAGUAAAACAUAAAGGAGACUCUAGCUGACCAAUGCGUGGACCAUGUGGAGAGGAUUAAAGACGCCGUACCUAAUUUUUACUGUGUUAAAAACAUCAAAAACAGAACUGGUUAAUUUUAAACUGUUUGGUCCAAAGUUAUUCCUCACUUACCUUAUGCAUUCCGAACAUCCUAAUUACUCAUCACAAUGAGUUUAUACCAGGCCUUUAACUGUUUAACUGUUGUUUUAAACUAGACUUGGGCACUUUAAACACUUUCAUUACAAUUAGUGCCAGUUUACACCAGUUUUCACAGUUAUUUUCUCUGUUCGACAAAGUGCAAAAUUACUGAUCUUCUGCAUAAUUCUUCUGCAGGUUGCACUGUUUUACACUACGAAAUGUUAAAUAUUGGUAUAGUUAUUUUUGAUCAAUAAAAUGAAGUUAUAUUUUU